CUGACCACAUUAGUUUAGAUCAAAACACUAGAGAUGUUACGAAAUUUGUGCACUUUUACCUUUUCCACGAACUUCGGAAAAUGCAUUUUUCAAACGCAGGCUGUUCGUGGCAUGGCGGGCCAUUCAAAGUGGGCCAACAUAAAGCACACAAAGGCUCUAAAAGAUGGAGCUAGAGCAGCCUUAUUUGCAAAGAUUUCGAGGCAAAUCCGCAUGGCCAUUCAGGAGGGCAACUCCGCUGAUCCAGCCAUUAAUUCGCUCCUGCGCACGGAAAUAGAAAGAGCCCUGAAGCAAAAUAUGCCCAGCGGAACUAUACAAAACACGUUGAAUAAAUUUAAGUCCAGUAAAGUGCAGCUAAAAAAGUACCGGCUUGACAUCAGGUAUAAAAGAAGCGUAUAUCUGAUAUGCAUUUUCUACACGGACAACUUUUCUGGGGUUAAAAUGGAUGCGACGCCAAUGAUUAAGAAAGCCGGAGGUGAAUUUAUGGAUGUUGGUAAUCUGUUUGAGGACUUUGGCUUAAUAGAAGCUAAGUAUGAUUCAUCAAAACUCCUCAGCGGGUCCAGUUUGGAAGAUAAAGCCACUAAUGAUGCUAUAGAACUUGGUGCUGAAGAGAUUGAAAUAGUUGACAAUGCCGAGGGAUCAGUAAAUUUCCUAUGCAGUCCUGUCGUUUUAACUAGUUUAAGUAGAAACUUGGAAAAGGCUGGAUACACCGUUGAGAGCAGUGAACAUAUAUUUUCUCCCAUGAAUGUUGUGCAAUUAUCCCCGGAAGACCAGAAAGCAUAUGACGUGUUUAUAGAAAAACUAAGAAACAUCCCAGGCUUAGAGGAUAUCUAUGACAAUGUUGAAUAAAAAUAACUUGUUGAAUAAAACAGAAAUAUAGGCAAUAAAUUUGUAAACCGGCUGGCAUCUGUUAAAAGCUAUGUUAAGUAUUUAGUGUUUCAUGUGCAACGUUCCUAAAACAACGCAAUCUAUAUGUUACUAAAAAAAACUUAUGUAAACACGAUGGGAUACCCCUAACGAACUAAACUUCAGCUGUUUGUGCGAACGCAAACCAAUACAUGUGCAGCAUCAAAAUCGUUGGUAAAAAUAAAAUAGCAGACUUUAAAUAUGAA